AGCUUGAAUUUCCUCUGUGGUAUCUUGAGUUGCAAGUUUUAACUGCACAAAAAAGUGGAAUGUGUAUGCCUAAACUGAAACGGAAGUCAGCUCCUUUGUCUUCCAUUAAAUGCUAAACUAAAUGAGAAGCAUAUGACUUUGCUUAAGUCUUUAUUGCAUGAAACUGCAGUUGGUCCAGUUAAAGCUUUGAAUGAUAAGAGCAACUAUAUCAACAUAUGAAGUUGAACCUUUUCCAAUAUUUUAGUCGAGCAGGACUGAUUUAUCAUUUUGCAUCCAAGACUGCAUGCUGACCCAGCCUUAUUUACCCCACAGAAGGUGCUUUUAAAUUUUGACAGUUUUUGUAGUAGUAUCAUUUCAGACUGCUGAAAAUAAUCUCAGUCUUGUCUAGCCAUUUGGAAUUAAUGCAGAGAAAACCAUAUUGAAACAAUCACACAAGAGAUCUCAAUCAGCGAAAACGUCACAAAGAAAUCAUUCUGCUUAGUCCUUCCAGCUCAAUUCAAGCCCCAGCCUCUCAAAAUGAAGACUUUGCAGAAAUUUGGUCUCUUCUUUUAUUUUUUGUUGCCCUUGGUGAAGUUGGCACCACCUAAACAACACUCAGCCACAUUUUAUGACCCUGGUUUGGCCACUCUUGAAGAGACGAUAUUUAAACAAAGUUAUGAAGACAUAAUAUUUAAGGAGGAUUAUGAAGACAAGCCACAGGAUGCAGUAAAAAAUCAGGAAACCAAUGAUAUGCUCCUUUUCCAUGACAAUGAACUGCAAGUGCAGAGAGAUGAAGAGAUACUUAGUGAGGGAUCAACAAAUUUAACAGAUUUGGCUACUUGUCUGCUGUGUGUUUGUUUAAGUGGUUCAGUUUACUGUGAAGAAACAGAAAUUGAAAGUGUUCCAGCUCUGCCAAAAGAAACUGGGUAUCUUUAUGCACGUUUCAACAAAAUCAAGAAGGUGAAAGUAUCAGAUUUUGCUGAAAUUCCCACAUUGAAAAGAAUAGAUUUGACUGGAAAUAUGAUACAAGAUAUUGAAGAUGGGACCUUUGCAAAACUAGUAUUCUUAGAAGAACUUUCACUUGCUGAUAAUAGACUUGCCAAGCUUCCAGCUUUGCCUCCAAAGCUAACUUCACUGAAAGCAAACAAUAACUUUAUUAAAAGCAGAGGAAUUAAAGCAAAUGCUUUCAAGAAGCUGACCAACUUGUCAUUUCUCGACCUAGGACACAAUUUACUCGAGUCCGUCCCACUUAACUUGCCAGAGAGCCUGCGUACUCUGAAUCUUCAGUUCAACAACAUAACCAGCAUCACAGAUGAAACAUUCUGCAAAGGGAACAAUCAGACCCGUUACGUUCGGCAACGCAUGGAUAUCAUAAGAAUGGAUGGCAACCCAGUCGUCUUGGGGAAGUACCCCAAUGCUUUUAUGUGCCUGAGAACCUUGCCUAUAGGCACAUACUUUUAAUUAUUAACAAAACUGAAAAUGGUAAAAAGUAGGUAAAGAUUACCAUUUUAUCACUGUUUCAAUUUGUCUUUCCAUGUUAAUAGCUUCACAUAUGUAUAUUCAACACUUUUAGCCGUUAUAACUUCUACCUUAACUUGGUGAAAUUGCACCUUCUGAUUUAAUAAGCCUGAGCCUUUUUUAAUUCUAGAACUUAGACUCAAAUAUUCUAGAACUUAGACUCAAAUAUAAAACCAGUAACAUAUUCUUUUUUCAAGGGAACCAAUCUACAGGCAAUGCCCCAUCUAUGUGCAUUCAAUAUGUGCACGACCAUGUAUAUGCGCAUCAUAUUGAACCCAGAAGUGGCCCAAAAACAUCACAAAAAGAGGCAGAAUGGGGCGGCAGGGGGGAGGAACAGGGUGUUUGCAGGCUUUUGUUUUCAACGGUGUUUCAAAUAUACACCAUUUCACCGACACAUGCAGUACUUCGGAACGUAACCCCCACGUAAAUGGGGGGUUGCCUGUAUUUCAAAAGAAUAAAGAAUUUUUUUAAAAAAUGCUUUAACACUGUAUGGAGAAUAAUCAGAAAGAAGAGGUAGGAUUCUCGUGUGACCAGUCUAAUGUGUUUUAUAUAGGAAACACAUAAUGCACAACAUGGGAGAAAUGAGACAGACUUAGCUGAAGCAAAAUAAACUUUUGUUAUUUUCUAGCAAACAUAAAGUAGCUGAAUUUAAGACACCAGUUUUUUGUCUAAUGGCAAAGUAAGACACAAUAUAUUGGGGAUAAAAUGGAGGCAACAAACAGCUUUUCAUCUUUAAUCAGUAACAGACCUACAAAUAGAUCUGACGAAGUUUCCCAUUGUUUAAAGUUGGCUUGUUGGGAAAUCAUUAACCACAAUUCACAGUUUGCCUUUAAAGGCAACUUCUUAGUUUGCUUCUCCACUCACAGAAAGGGAAGUGUGAAGAGAAAGCAAAAGGUCUGUGUGAAGGUGCAUGAACCUCAUACAUAUCCUAGCUUAUUAAGCCAGGAUUUCAUCAUAUCAAAGAGACCAGUCAGAUUGAGUUGUUUAGAUUUCUUAAUCAGAAAUAGUCAGCACCUGAAACUCAUGCUUGGCAAUAUUAAUAUUGCUUAAAAGAUACCAUGCAACAUAGUCUAUGCAUUGAACACUGUUACCAAUAAACAAUUACUCAUUUCCUGAAAAACCCUGAAGAAUAUUAAUAACUGAACAAUUCAUAAUGCACCUUAUUGACACUUUAAGCUCUGUCAGUGUACUUAGAAGGGAAAUGCAUCCAUUUUGGUAAUAUUAGGUACAGUCCUAUACAAUUCAAAUAGGUAUUUACAGACAACCACAAUCUCAUGCACAAUUCUAAGUUAGUCCUACUGAGCUCUGUGGAACCUGAUUCUACCCAAUCAUGCAUAGUACUCUGCAGUAAGAAUAAGCAAUAACUGUGAAUUUUUAUUGUAUUUAAUAUAUCACUCUCCUCAAGCCACCACAUGACUAUUUUUAGACUGUGGUAUAUGUGUUGUGAUCAGCCAGUUUAAACCUUAUCUCAAAACAGAAGUCAUUUGGGCUGGUUUGAAUAUAAUUGUCCAACUUUGUGCAUGUCAGCUGAAGACUUAUUCAGAAGUACCUUCUUCAUCAGUAAAUUCUGAUCUGCGUUCUCUUUUUUUCAUACCAGAUAUGCUCUUUUCUGAUUUAAUUAUUCACUAGCAUUGAAGAUUUUUACAGCUAUUCAGCUCCGCUCUAGCUCUGCUGCUUUAAUUGUACUAUGUAUCCAAUCUCAUUUACAUGGCAAAAUCUUUAGAGAUUACUGUUUGUUUUUAGUUUGUGUGUGUUACCUAUUGACUAAAACGCUAACAUGUCUAAUAAUACAAAUCAUCAGAAAGAAAAAGUAAGAAAGAGGACAUACUUCACUAUUCCUUUGUAAGUAAAUGACUGGGCAAAGAUGGCAAUACAUAGUUUGUCUUUGGCAAAAUAUGUGGUUGGGCAAUGGCACCAAACCUCACUUCCAUUGUAUUACCUCAACCCUUUCCCUGUUUGAGCACUUUCAAUCUCCACCAACAGCCAGGUAGAUUGAAAGUUUAUUUGAUCACAGCAUCUUCCUCAGUCUUAUGUUCCAUGAUUUGCCACUCCUUCUACUACAUCCUAUGACAGACAAAUUGAACCCUUUAUUUGCUCUCCACUAAAGCCUUCUCCCCUUCCCUCAAUAGGCAUAUUGGGGGAAUCCUCAAAUUGUUGUGACCCAGUCCCCAGUCCUCUUCUAUGACAAUUCCAGAGUUACCAGACUUUGAAUCUGUGACUAACAGUUCAGACUUACAAAUGAGGAGUCUUGUCAGCCUACCAACCACACAAUGCUCUUGACUCUCCCAGAACCUCAACAGAAAAGUUUCAACUCGGCUGUCCACACAACCAUAAAACAUUGUUUUUGAGGAACUGAGAUUUCUAAAAUAGCACAGAACCAAACAACCAUGAAUUUAUUCCCCCCCCCCCAAAAAAACCUUGCAGUACCAUUAAAUUAACCCAUAUUUCAAAAACCAAUGUCAUUCAGUUUUCUCUUGUUCCAUAAUGCAAUGGUUAACAGAGAAAAAGGAAGGUUUGAAAGAAAACAAAACUUUUCAAAACACUACCUUGAAAUGGGUCAAAGUGCGUUUCCGAUGAUCACACCACUCAGUGAAAUAGGAGAGACAUUUGAAGAAAAGCAAGAGAUUCCCACUCUCUUCAACUCUAGAAAACAACAUUAUGCCAUUAAAAAAAUAUUUCUGUCCCCCUUACAAAAAUUCAUUUAUAUAUAUUUUUAAUCUUUAGAAUAUCAUUAGAUUAUCUUUAUGCUAAUCCAUAGUUUGUUUAGCAUAACUAUAAUUUGUUUGUACAUCUGAAACCAUAGUUUGGGGCCAGCAAACUACAGUUUGCAGUUGCUUUGUAAAACUCAGUCUGCAUUAACUGUGAUUUGUAAUAGCAUCUGUGUUCCAUAUCCUGGCUUAAUUCUAGUUUGUUGCAUUGCUCCAUGAAUCCGCACACUCAACUACACAGACACAAGUGAAAAGUUGAUGAAAAUUAAUCUGCUUGCUUGGUUAUGAAACUGUCACUGACACUUUCACAGACCUCGCACACUCUACUCACUCUGGCUGGCAGCUCCAUUCCCUACCAUCUCAUGACUGUCAAGCUUCCGGCAGCAAUGAUGGAGUGGGAAGGCAGGAAAGAGACCACAGGCACUUUUACUUAUAUCUAACAAGGAAUACAUGUUAAAAGCACACAUUUGCGAGCCCUACCAUCACCAACAAACUCUGGGCAGGAUUAAUCUAACGAGACCCAUCAGCAACUCCUGAAAUUGAUUAAGGUGAACAAAAAAGAAAAUGCUUCUAAAGUUCUCCAGCCAUGUGAGAGGUGGGAACAUAUAAGCCCAAGGCUCACUGCAAACUGUGCAAGUCACGCUAAACCAUUGUUUACAGUCACAUGAAAAUGAAGUCGUUAAAAGAAAACUAACUUUAUACAUGCAAAAAACACCAACUUAUGAACCAUAUGCUACGUGUGAUAACUUUUAAUGAUGUUGAACAAAUUGUUGGAUUCUAAAUUAAGUCUUACCAAAAUUAAUAAUUGGUUUUUAGAGUACCAAAGCAUGAUUACGUGUUUGCACCCAGACCGGGUGUGUGUGUGUCAGAAGCAGUGACCCUUCCAGUUAUGGCAAAAAUGCUUCAUGUUUUACCCUCCUCCACUACCUACAAAUAUAAGAGUCUUUCAGUGCUUAAUUGGAUCCAGAUGUGAUUUAAUACUCACUUCUGGCACACUACUGAUGGACUCAAAUUUCAGUUGGCUGGUAGGCAAAAGACAAGUUUAAAUGCUUCAUACUGCUUCAAGAAAGCAGCUUUUGAAACAAUUACGCAACAAGUUAGCUGUGUAAUGAUGAUAUAACAAUCAAAUAUAGCAUGAAAGCCAAGCACUCGCUUAUAAGUUUUUUGGGGGAAACUCCUUCCCAGCAUUAUUUUGGUGAAUGUGCCACAUCAAUUAUGUUAGGCAAGAGUUGGUAUGCCAAGGUAAACCCAGUCUGGUUUGCUAAAUAUCAAUGGGCACUAUAUACAUAUAAAAACUGCAUAAAAUAAACACAGUAAAUCACUUUGUGUGACCCAUACAACAGAUUAUACUAAACAUUGGCUGCCACUUUUUAUGUUGCUCUCAGAAAUGGGCAGAACUUAUGAGCUGCCACUGUCUAUUUCCACGGAUGAAGGGAAAGAGUCAACUGUACUGCAACCAGCAGAGAAAUUCAAGAUCAGUUAGGCUGUGGGAAAUACCACAUGCUGAAAUAGAAAUCCUGACAAGAAAACCUACUUUUAUGUACUGCAAAGAUGCUAAGCUUAUUUUUUUCAUUUAUCUUUACCUUGGUUUUGCAGCCGAGCAUGUUUCUAAAGGAUCUAAACAGUUAAAAAAUAAAAAUAUCCAUAUUGAGGGUA